UCUCGUACUUGGGAUGAUGAUAAAUGGCGAAGGCGAACGGUCUUGACAUUUCGUGCUACUAUCAAAAUGUUAAAUUGUGUUAUCGGUUGUUAUUAUUUACGUUUUAUAAAUAAAACAAGAUGGUUUUCCGCGUAAAUCAUAUUCCUGGGACUGUCAGUCGGCCGUGUGAAGUGUUUGAAGUGUAAAAACAUAAAAGAAAACACCUAGUCAAGUGGGUUAAAUAAUCUCAAAUAAACCAAAAAAUGUGUUUUAAACUGCCUUUUAAAAACAUUAGUCUGCUCUCUAAGUCUAUUUAGAUUAUAAUUGAAUACUCUGCAUCCCAGUUUUGAUUGAGAAAAUGGUAAUUUUGUGACUUAAAGUGAGGUGUUUUUUUUUCAUAAAUAAGUUAUGAAGUGAUAGUGAGAUUCACGUAAAAAAUGAUUGUGUUUAUAUGUGUAAUUCGUGAAUAGUUUACUGUCGCCAUAAAUAUCGUGUUUGAAGAGAACAGUGUUUAGAUAAUUCCCAAACAUUCAGUAGAUAAAGUAGCUAUUUGUGGCGUUAUAAAAUAAACCACGAAACUUCACCAAAGAGGUCAUCAUUAGGCAUAACAACUGAAUAUCGUUGCCAAAUAGCAAUAAAAGUUUAAUGUGUUAACGUUUUGGCGCGAAAUUAAGAACAAUUUUCAAGUUGCGAUUGUUUUCAUUUGUUACGAAUGAAUUUGUAUUUUGGAAAUUAAAAUGGUGACGAUGAAUUCUUCGGAAAAGGCGGCGUCGAAGGCCUGUCAACAAGGGCCAUCCAGAGACAAUUCGAAAUGUAUAAAGGAAGAGAAGGAGAAGGACAGAGACAAGAAGGACAACUCCGCUCUGCCUCCCGGAGUACAAGCACUGAUGUCCACCAUACCCUCGCCGGAGGAGUCGCCCAACUACCUGGUGUAUAAAAAGAUGGAAGCCAUUAUCGAGAAGAUGCAAGAUGAGAACACCGGCGUCCCAGUCAAGACGGUGAAGAGUUUCAUGACCAAGAUACCUUCGGUAUUCACCGGUACAGACUUAGUAGCCUGGUUAGCUCGCCACCUGAACUUGGAUGAAACUUGGGAAGCUUUACACGUAGCACACUUGCUAGCGGCCCACGGAUACCUGUUUCCUAUCGACGAUCACUGCCUCACUGUUAAGAAUGAUAAUACUUAUUAUAGAUUCCAAACUCCAUACUUCUGGCCUUCCAACCAAUGGGAACCAGAGAAUACUGAUUACGCGGUGUACCUAUGCAAGCGUACGAUGCAGAACAAAGCCCGUUUGGAGCUGGCUGACUACGAGGCUGAGUCACUGGCGCGGCUGCAGAAAAUGUUCAGCAGGAAAUGGGAGUUUAUCUUCAUGCAGGCGGAGGCACAGAGCAAGGUCGACAAAAAGCGAGACAAGCUAGAGAGGAAAGUGCUGGACAGCCAGGAGCGAGCCUUCUGGGAUGUACACCGACCUAUGCCGGGCUGUGUGAACACAACGGAGAUAGAUCCGAAGAAGCUGUCUCGUAUCAACGCGCUCAAAGCUAAACGGCUGCGGCAAUGCCAGGAAUUGAUAUUACAACAUAAUCUCAAGAACAACCCAAUAGUGACGAUCACGAAUCCUCAGGAGAGUGAAGAGGAGAUCCAGAAGAAAAAUGACAAUGUCAUCAAGGAGAAUGGCGAGAGCUCCCAGCCCCCAAUCCCCGCGGUGACAGUGGGCGAGGUGUCCCCCCAGCCGGCCAGCGUGGAGCAACAGAUCGAGGCGGCGCGCCGCCAGGUGUCCAUGCUACGGACCCGGCUCGAGCGACGGAACGUGCGCGUCAGUAAAGUCGCGGAUAUGUUCAUAGCAUACUGCGAGCAAUACGCGGAGUACGACGCGUUCCUCACUCCGCCGGAGUGGCCCAACCCGUGGGUCAGUGAUACCACCGACAUGUGGGAUCAGGAGAAACAGUGCAAGGAGCCACUCCCGCUGCGCCGCGUCCGCCGCUGGUCGUUCUCCCUCCGCGAGCUGCUGCAGGACAACGCCGGCAAGGAGCACUUCGCCAAGUUCCUAUCCAAGGAGUUCAGCGGGGAGAACCUCAAAUUCUGGCUAGCGGUACAAGAGCUGAAAGCGCUGCCCAUUCGACGCGUGGCGGCGCGCGCCAAGGACAUUUGGAAGGAGUACCUCGCCGCCGACGCUCCGUCGCCCAUCAAUAUCGAUGCCGCUAGCAGGGAACUAACUCGACAGAAAGUGGAGUCGGGCACCGCCGACCGAUAUUGCUUCGAUCAGGCUCAGGCGCACGUAUACCACCUGAUGAAGUCGGACAGCUACUCGCGGUACUUAAGGUCUGAGAUGUACAAGGACUAUCUCAAUGGAUCCAAGAAAAAGACAUCAGUAAAAGGGAUCCGCUCUAUAGUAUCGUUCACCGCACGCAAGGAGACCUCGGCGAACUGAUGCGUAGAUAUAUAGAGGUGUAUUGUACCAAAGGUUUGUUGUUACUCUACUAUACUUGUUGGCAGCCACGUGUACUGUGCUACUGUGGGGUUUUUUUACUCAAAAUUGAU